AUGCGCCGCACAGCAUUGCGGGCCAUUGAGUCUGCGAAGCCAUUGACACGAGCUCCUCGCGCCGUGUCAAGAAGCCUCUCUACCAUCAAUGACUCGGCCAAGGAUCCCGCCGAGCUAGAACAAAUCACCACACUUCCAAAUGGAGUUCGCGUCGCCACGGAAUCAUUACCGGGUCCCUUCGCUGGUGUCGGAGUCUAUGUCGAUGCCGGAUCUCGUUACGAAGAUGAGAGCCUGCGCGGAGUCAGCCACAUUAUGGACCGUCUAGCCUUCAAGUCUACCAAGGCGCGCACCGGAGAUGAAAUGCUUGAGAUUCUUGAGUCCCUAGGCGGUAACAUCCAGUGUGCCUCAUCUCGGGAAUCGUUGAUGUACCAGUCUGCCAGUUUCAACUCGGCAGUUCCUACCACGCUCGGUUUGCUUGCAGAGACCAUCCGCGAUCCCCUCAUCACCGAAGAGGAGGUUAUCCAACAACUCGCAACAGCGGAGUACGAGAUCGGCGAGAUUUGGGCGAAGCCGGAACUCAUCCUUCCGGAAUUAGUGCACAUGACUGCAUACGCCGACAACACUCUUGGAAAUCCGCUAUUGUGCCCGGAAGAACGGUUAGGCGAAAUCAACAAGGCAGUGGUGGAGCGGUAUAGGGAACUUUUCUUCAACCCGGAUCGGAUGGUGGUUGCGUUUGCCGGAGUGCCACAUGGAGAGGCGGUUAAGCUCACAGAGCAGUACUUUGGCGACAUGAAGCCGAGGGAUAUCAGCAAGACCAAGGGUCCUGUACUGUCAGGCAGCGGAAUCGAAACCACACUGUCUGAUUCCCAAGCGGCCGCCCACGAAGGCCAGGUGCCGACCGUUCCUUCCUUCACGCCCUCAUCGACAAUCAGCAGCCCAGCUGCUUCCCAAAAAACACAAACUUCGCUCCUGUCGAAGCUUCCAUUCCUCAAGAACCUCACUUCCUCCAAGAACUCUAUAGUCGAGCCUCUCCACUCAUCCCUGGUUAAGCCAUCUGCGCUAAACCUCCGGCAACCUGCUCACUACACGGGUGGCUUUAUUGCCCUCCCUUCGAUUCCUCCGCCCGCGAGCCCCAUGCUUCCUCGCCUGAGUCACAUCCACCUUGCAUUCGAGGCUCUCCCAAUCUCCUCGCCGGAUAUCUAUGCUCUCGCUACCCUCCAGACCCUCCUUGGUGGUGGUGGCUCAUUCUCGGCUGGUGGCCCUGGAAAGGGUAUGUACUCGCGACUCUACACUAACGUGCUGAACCAGCACGGUUGGGUCGAGAGCUGCAUUGCUUUCAACCACAGCUACACAGAUAGUGGAAUUUUCGGAAUUUCCGCAUCCUGCAGCCCUACCCGGAUCACGGAGAUGGUCGAGGUCAUGUGCCGUGAGCUGCAGUCCCUGACUUUGGACACUGGCUACAGCUCGCUGCAAGCGCAGGAAGUCAACCGUGCGAAGAAUCAGCUCCGUUCCUCGCUGCUCAUGAACCUAGAGUCUCGCAUGGUCGAGCUUGAGGAUCUUGGACGCCAGGUGCAGGUCCACGGCCGCAAGGUCAGUGUCCGGGAGAUGUGUGAGCAAAUCGAGGCCCUCACUGUUGAGGACCUCCGCCGUGUGGCUCGCAAGGUCUUCGGUGGCCAGGUCGACAACGAGGGUAAGGGCACUGGUAAGCCUACUGUUGUGCUGCAGGAGGGCGAGUUGGAAGGUUACAAGCUCCGGUCCUUCCCCUGGGAGGAGAUCCAAGAACGGAUUUCCCGGUGGAAGCUUGGCCGACGGUAA